AUGAGUCGUGACGAGAGCAUUGAUUGGUUCCACGGUCGACUUUCAAGACUCGAUGCUGAGCGAAUUUUAAGUGAAGAAUCUCAAAAUGUUGAAACAAUUUUUCUCGUCCGCGAAAGCACCAACUUAGUAAACAAUUACGUACUGUCCGUCAUAUAUCAAGAUGAAUUUUAUCAUUAUCAAAUCCAGCAACACGGCGGCGAUGCCUUCUUCUCAAUUGACUCAAAAGACAUUCAUCAUGGACUUGAUGAGCUUAUCGAAUACUACAAAAGUCACCAUUCAAAUUUAUGCACAAAACUUGAGAAGUUUGUCAAAAAAGGUCCACCGCCGAAUCAGUUUUGUCGACUUGGGAAGGCAAACUUGUUGCAUCGAGCCACAAAACACAAUAAUUUGGAAGUUGUCAAGGAGAUUCUGACAACAACUUACAGUCCCGAUUCUAAGGAUGAGAAUGGAAUGACAGCUGUCCAUCUGGCUGCUUACAGUAAAGUCAGUCCUGAUAUAUUAAAGAUGCUGAUUGAUAAAGGCGCUGUAGUGAUGUGUCGAGAUUCUAUUGGAAAUACGGCGCUGCAUUACGCCUGCCUUCACCAAUGCAAAGAGAUGGUCGAACUUCUUGUCAAUGCCAACAUUAAUUUAAUUCACACUCGGAACAAUGUAACCGGAUUAGUGCCACUCCAUGAGGCUGCUAAAGUUGGAAAUAUAGAAAUUGUGAAAUUUCUGCUAUCCCACAACGCAGCAAAUCUACCAAGGACAACAAAUGGAUUAUUUCCAAGUGAUUUUGCCAGAGAUAAUGGCCAUAUUGAUGUUGCUGAGUAUUUAGAGAAUUAUUUUCCGGAAAUCAACACAUUUAGUCACAAGUGGCAUCAUGGUACUUUGGAUAGAGAAGGUGCUAGAACGUUGUUACUGAAGAAACGGAACGAGUUGUAUGAGAAGUUCAAAGAAGAAUAUCCAGAGACAGAGAAUGUUUAUGUUAAUGAUAGUAAGGAGAUUAAUGAUCUGAUUUCUGGACUAUUCUUGGUCAGAUCUUCUGAGAGGAAUAAGGGAUUAGACGUAAUAACGAUGCUGCAUGAUGAUGAACUGAAGAAUAUAAGGAAUUAUGUCAUUCAGAAGACAGGGAAACAUGUCUUCAUCGACGACGGUCCAUUCCUUCCAUCUCUGGAGCACCUCAUUAGUUACUACAUGACAUUCGCUGACGGUCUUCCAGUAAAAUUAUCAAAAAUUGUUGAGCCAAUUCCAAAGCCACCAAUUCCAAUUCCACCAAAUGUUCCGCGAAAAGACAAGCUAAGACAAUCCGGUCAUUCCUUUGACUCCUUAUCAUCAAUUAAAAGCCCAACGUCACCAAGUGAAGUAAGCAUUCCAGACUCAAUAAGUCCAACAAAAAGUGAAAACUCCUCAAAGCAUAAAGGCUUGUCGACGUGGUUUAGGAAGAAGAAGCACUCACUUCCAUUAAUAGAUAAGGACGUAAAGGAACCAGCCGUACAGAUAGACAAGUUCAACAAAACAAUUUCUUUCUCAACAGAUUUCCUGAAUAAUAAUUGUGUUCCAACAACAAGUCAGUCAAUGCAGGAUAACUAUGAUGUUCCUCAAAAAGUUAAAGCUGGACCAGUUCCAGCUCUGCCAACUUCCCAUUCCUCCUCAUCAAUACAGGACCAAACGAAUUACUUUACAGAAAGUGACAAAAAGGUUUUAGACAAUCAAGAAGUGAACGACAACUGCAUUGAAGAAAUUUACUUCCGCGAUCCACCAAAGGAGUUUGAAAAACCUGAAUGGGAACAACUUGAUCCGGAGCUUUACGAUACCCAGAAGAAUUUGAUGCUUCAAGUUCAACAAACGACAGGAACUAAUUAUUAUGUAUCCAAAGAAGAUUUAAAAGCUGAAAAAGAAAUUGGAUCUGGUGAGUUUGGGAAUGUCUUGAGAGGAAUAAUGAGGAUGCCGGACGGACGGAAGACCCUCGUAGCAAUCAAGUCACUCCAUAAAGAGCACUACGAAGAAAACUAUCACGAAUUCCUAAGAGAAGCAUCAGUCAUGAUCAAAUUAGACAAUCCAUAUAUCGUAAAGCUAAUUGGAAUCACAAAAGGUCCUCCAAUCGGACUCGUACAAGAAUUGCUUCCUCUUGGUUCACUAGCUAAUUACAUCCUCGAACACAUACCUGAGAUCGAUAACAAAGACAUCGACAAGUGGGCUUCACAGAUUGCCUUAGGUAUGGAAUAUUUGGAAUCAAAGAGAUUUGUGCACCGAGAUUUGGCAUCGAGAAACAUUUUGCUAGCUGCGAAGGAUCACUGCAAGAUCAGUGAUUUUGGAUUGUCUAGGGCACUUGGUGGUGAGGACUUUUAUCAAUCACAGACUGGUGGACGAUGGCCCUUAAAAUGGUACGCACCGGAGAGCUUUGGUGGUAAAUUCUCACAUGCCAGUGAUGUCUGGAGCUUUGGUAUAACGUUAUGGGAAUUAUACUCGAGAGGUGAGACACCGUAUGGAGACAUGACUGGAACGCAGGUCAACGAUUUCAUCGAGAAAGGAAACAGACUCCCCAAACCCGAUCAAUGUCCAGACAGAAUAUACAAACUAAUGACAGACUGCUGGCAAUAUCGAGACAGAUUGAGACCAAAUUUCAAAUUUCUAGCUAGAUUCUUUAUCAAUCGAAUUGAAAAGCCAGGAGAUGAGGACUUUACUGAUGAAAAUAUUGAAAAUUAUGAAGGGAAUGACAAGCAUUCGAGUACUGUUUAUGUUUAA